AUGGCGGCAGUCUCGCAUCAUAUGCACCUGCAUCGCCUUCUGUCAGCGGGACGACAGAGAAGGCCCCAUGUGGCAGCCCUGACCCAUGCAUACAGCACCAAGGAAGAGGGCUCUGCAAGGCCAAUUGGCCGGUACCCUGUACCCAAUAAGAAGGAUAUGCCAUAUGAUAUUGUGGAGCUCAUGGAGGAAGUGGAGAUGAAGACUGGAUUUUUGCCUAAUGUGUUCAAAGCCAUGUCUCACCGGCCUGCUGAAUUCAGAGCAUUCUUCGCUUAUUACAAUGCCAUUAUGAACAAAGACACGGGUCGGCUCAGCAAGGCAGACAAAGAGCUCAUAAUUGUGGCCACAAGUGUUGUGAACAGAUGUCCCUACUGCGUGGUGGCACAUGGAGCUCUUCAUCGGAUAUAUUCCAAGCAGCCAGCACUGGCCGAUCAGGUCAUCGUGAACUGGAAGCUGGCGGAGCUGAGCGGCCGGGAGCUGGCCAUGCUGGAGUUCGCGCUGGCGGUGUGCCGCGCCGACAACAUCACCGAGGAGCACUUCGAGCGGCUGGAGGCGCACGGCUUCGACCGCGAGGACGCCUGGGACAUCGGCAUGAUCGCCGCCUUCUUCGCCAUGUCCAACCGCAUCGCCCACUACAUCGACCUGCGCCCCAACGCCGAGUUCUACACCAUGGGCCGCACGCCCCGCGAAGAGAAGGAGAAAGGGAAAAGCGAGCAGGCCUGAGGUGCGCUGGGGCGCUGCGCCUCUGCGAGGGCUCGGUCGAGCUCUCCCCUGAGCUCGCGUGCCCGUUUCUGGUUGUUUUUAAGCAUUAAUACCAGAUUCUGACCACCAGAGGCGACUCCCAGUUCUUUUCCCCGGAGGGCUCUUUUGACUGGAUGGCAAUUCGAGUGCCUGCCAAGGCUUGCAGAGCAGCUGCCACACAGUAAUU